GCCUAUUCCAAUCCCCCAUUUUCUUCUUCUUCUCCAUCUUUCUGAGUUUUUUCGCUUCAAUUUUUUCACCUUUUUUUUUCUCAACCAUGUCAUCUGCUAAUUCGAAUCUUCUUCUCCCUCCUCAUCAUGAUUCCCAUUCCCGUUGCAAUUCUGAUUCCGGACCAGUAAUCGCCACAACCCCUUUGGUCACAUUCCUCCAACGCCUCCAAGAAACGGCACUCAACACUUACGGAAAAUCCAACUUCGACCCAAAACUCUACGUCGACCUGUCGUUGAAGUCCAAAUUGUCGUUCACAGAAAGCGCUUUUGAUCGGCUUCCGAGAGGCUCAGAUCAUCAUGGGUCGGUUUCUGCUGAGGAUUUGAGAGAGUUUUUGAGGGAAUACUUUGAGGGUGCAGGGGAGGAUUUGGUGUACGUCAAGCCAGAGGAUUUUGUCCCUGAGCCAGAGGGGUUUCUUCCAAAGGUGAAGAAUGAACAAGUGAGGAAUUGGGCUUUGGAGGUUCAUUCUCUUUGGAAGAAUUUGAGCAGAAAAGUUUCUGAUGAGGUUUUGAAGAAUCCUGCGUUGCAUACUCUGCUUCCUCUUCCUCACCAUGUCAUUAUUCCAGGUUCGAGGUUUAAGGAGGUCUAUUAUUGGGAUUCUUAUUGGGUGAUCAGGGGCUUGUUAGCAAGUAAAAUGUAUGACACAGCAAAAUCAACUGUGAGUAAUCUCAUUUCUCUUGUGGAGGAACAUGGUUAUGUCCUUAAUGGUGCAAGGGCCUAUUACACUAAUAGGAGCCAGCCUCCUCUCCUUAGUGCCAUGGUUUGUGAAAUAUACAAGAGGACUGAAGAUUUGGAUUUGGCUCGGAAAUCCCUUCCUGCACUGAUUAAAGAAUAUCAAUUUUGGAACUCUGGACAACAUAGAGUGACCAUUCAGGAUGAUCAAGCUUGUGAUCAUACUUUGAGUAGAUAUUAUGCAAUGUGGAAUAAACCAAGGCCUGAAUCUUCAACAUUUGACAAGGAAUCUGCUUCCAAGAUCUCAGAUGCUUCUGAGAAGCAGCGAUUCUACCGCGAGGUGGCGUCAACUGCUGAGUCCGGAUGGGAUUUUAGUACAAGAUGGAUGAAGAACCCCACGGAUUUUACAACAUUAGCUACAACUUCAGUGUUACCUGUGGAUUUAAAUGCUUUCAUACUUGGGAUGGAACUGGACAUUGCAUUCUUGGCAAAAGUUACAGGAGAUCAUUGCGUCUCUGAGCAAUUUUCGGAGGCUUCUCGAACGAGAAGGAAGGCAAUGGAAUCUAUUUUUUGGAAUGCAGAGAUGGGACAAUGGAAUGAUUAUUGGCUCAGCAAUAGUAAACACAAGGAAGCUCAAAUAUGGGAAGCUGAGAACCAGAACCCGAAAAUAUUUGCUUCCAACUUCAUUCCAUUGUGGAUUGAGUUAUUUCACUCAGAUGCUUUUCUGGUUGAUAAAGUCAUGGGAAGUCUUCAAAGCUCAGGCCUACUUUGUGAUUGUGGAAUAGCAACAUCCUUGGCAAAUUCAGGACGACAAUGGGACUUUCCCAACGGUUGGGCUCCAAUCCAACAUAUGAUAAUUGAAGGUUUGGCAAAAUCAGGAUUGAAAGAAGCAAGGUCAUUGGCAGAGGAUAUUGCUGUUAGGUGGAUCAAAACCAAUUAUAUUGCCUACAAGAGAACAGGAAGUAUGCAUGAGAAAUACAAUGUGGAAAAGUGUGGUGACUUUGGUGGGGGUGGUGAAUAUGUGCCUCAGACUGGCUUUGGUUGGUCAAAUGGAGUAGUUUUGGCAUUGUUGGAAGAGUUUGGAUGGCCAGAAGACAGAACGAUUGACUGAACGACUGAUAACAAGCUGAGUAAUUAAAAGAUAGGAAUAUUCACAAACUGCCUUUAAUUGAUUAGUGUGAAAUGUGUUCUCAAAUUUCAUUUGCAGGGUCAUUGGAUAUUGAUGCAAAAUGUAAAUUCAAGUAAUUCCUCAUUCUUGAAAUCAUUAUCGCUAUUCUCAUCUGAGUGUACCAAGCUAAUGAUUUUCCCGAAAUUUGUUACAUAAGUUGUAAUCACUAGGUGCUUGUCAUUGAUCAACCAUUUUAUCUAAAUAUGCAGCUCUUA